ACUCUCCAACAAUACAAGCAAGAUUAGGGAUUUGCUGAACCCUAAAUUCUUCUUAGCACUUAGAACAGUCGAAGAAAUCCUUCCGUUUCCGCGUUCGCGUAGCUAUGGCGAAGAACAGAAACAAGAAGAGAAAUGGCCUAGCUGCCAUGGAUGUCUCCACUAACCAAACGGUUACGGAUGCCCAGGCCAUGGAUACUUCAGAAUCAGCAGCUCCAAAACCACAUAUAGGUGGAUCACUUAAAAAGAUGAAGGGAGUACAAAUGAAAAGGACGAAGAAUGUCAGGAAAAAGAAGGCCAUGGCAAAGGCUAUUUCAAAAAGUGAGAAAUUGGAGGAACGAAUCACGAGGAGCGAAAGCAAGAUAGAGAGAACUAAACAUGCCAAAAAGUUAUAUGAGUGAAUGAAUGAAUGAUUCUUUUGUGAUUAAUUAUGAAUGAGUGAUGAUUUUGUUAUGUU